ACUCGCGUGGCACACCCACAAUGCAUUGCAAACAAAGAUGGCAGCUCCCAUGGAAAAGUCACUGGCUUGAUCACGAGUUUUAUUAUGCUAAAAAACUUGAAGAAAGUAAUACAAAAACAAGUUUAUGAUAUUUUAUCACAUAAAUAUGGAAUUUUUAUGGUUAUUGCAGCAGCUGUCAUCCUGAUAGUGGCAACUUUACACUUUGGAGAGACAGUGCUAGAGUGGAGUCAUGAGAAAUAUGCUGCUGUGUUCAAUUCAUACAGUGACAACAUUGCUGGCAGGUCAUUCCGCACCAGACUGUGCACACCCCUACCCAUUGACAUCGUCUACACCUGGGUAAAUGGGACUGAUCCCAGACUGCUUAGUGAGCUACGGGCCUUCAAAAUGGGACUGGAAAAAGAACACAACAUUACAAAGUCUACUAUUACAAAUGAGGAGGAGAAGUGUGUGUUUGCCAACUGCUUGGCCACAAAUCUGUUGGUUUUGGAUCCCAUUAUUCCACAUGGAACCACUCUGGAGGAUCUUACCAGAAUCAAAUCUGAAUUCUCUCAGGCCACAAAGACAUUCACUGUGAACUCCCCUUCCAUCUCCAACCUCAAUUUCACAGUGGUUGAAUUCACUCAGAAAGAACCGGUGCUUUCUUUGAUGAACCAUUCUUUAAUUAUUGGAAAACAGAACUUCACAAUGACAAGGGGAUAUUAUACCAGUGAUUGGACUGUCCACAACAGCAUCCUGUUGUCUGACACAAUCAUCAUGGCGGGGUUCCCGUCCAAAUACUCAGCUGAUGAACUCAAGGAGAAACUGCCAGAAAAGGCCAGAGAAGGGAUAGACAAGAUCACCAUUGAUACAGACUCAGGCCUGGCUGUCUUAUAUGUUCCAGACAAGAAGUCAUUUGAUAUUUUAGUUACAGCACAAAAUAUUUCUAUUGAUGGUAAAAAGCCCACUCUCAAUGCAGCAAACCUUGUUUGGGACCUCAGGGAUUUUAGUCGUGACGAGGAUAUCUCGAGCAGUAGAUUUGAGGACAAUGAUGAGUUAAGAUACUCAUUGAGAUCAGUAGAAAAGUUUGCUCCCUGGAUCAGACAUGUCUUUAUCGUGACUAAUGGACAGAUUCCUCAUUGGCUGGAUCUGGAAAAUCCAAGAGUUACCAUAGUUACACAUGAGGAAAUAUUUCCCAAUAAGAGCCAUCUUCCAACCUUCAGUUCCCCAGCCAUUGAGGCAAACAUCCACAGGAUUCCUGGCCUGUCGAAGAAAUUUAUCUAUAUGAAUGACGAUGUAAUGUUUGGUAAGGAGGUGUGGCCUGAGGAUUUUUUCACCCAGGCCACGGGACAGAGAGUUUACCUGACUUGGCCUGUCCCCAGCUGUCAGGAGGGGUGUCCCUCCACAUGGAUCAAUGACGGGUAUUGUGACAAGGCCUGUAAUAAUUCCGAGUGUGACUUUGAUGGAGGAGACUGCUCAGGAGAGAAAGCUCAACAGGGAGGGGGAGGGGUACAGUGGCCGGGGUAUGGACACAGUGCUGAGAGUGAAAACAAGUACUGUAACAAGGGCUGUGCCACAUCCUGGUUAGCAGACAGAUAUUGUGAUACGUCCUGUAAUGUACACAACUGUGGCUAUGAUGUAGGGGAUUGUGGAGUGAAUAAUUAUAAGGAUUUAUACGAGAUCAAGCUGUACGGAAAUACAACAAAGUAUGCUGUCCCACCAGGGGAGACAAUUGCUUUCUUGAACCUGACAGAACUGAUAGGUUCAGAGGGCUCUAUACUUAGUGCUGGUCACAACAAGUCAGAUGUCGUCCGGUCAGCCUCAGUAGCCAACAAGUUCAAGGUCAUCACUAUCCUUCUGUACAGUGACCACAACAGAACUGCUGUUAGUUUCAAACUGAAAGGUCACACUGGAAAUGACACAAACACAUUUAAUUUUACCUUCACCCUGAUGACAGACACAAAGCAAAGGAAGUCAGCAGAGAUUUUACAGAAAAUCGCAAACAAUACUCAACAUAACAUUACAACUACAGAAAAACCUUAUAUCUAUGAUGUACCAAAACACAAAAGAGGCCCUAAAAAAACAGUAAAUGUAGUCAAGUUUCCAAUGAUGCCUCAGUUGGUGAACCUCAGUGCUGAACCAAUGCCAGAGGAACUGCAAGAAGAAUGGAAAUCCAUAAAGAAAGAACUUGAAAAUGGGGAAAUUACUGAGAAAGGAUUCCAACUCAAACAAGGUUUGUUGUGGAAGAAAUACCAGAGCUAUCUGGAGGAAUCAAGGCAGGGAAACAUCCAGAGGCGGAGCCUCCUGUCAGUGAUUAGAAUGAGGCCUCAGCCAAUCAGAGACCUUGCUCUGACAGAGGAAGACCUUGAUGAUGUCAUCAGAAUGGGGAGUGAACCUGAGAGUAAUCUCCCCUGGGAAAAACUUGGGGUGUUCAGCAAACUGACACAGGAGAAAGAAAACCAAAAGACUAUGGAGGCAUACACAGCACCAGUGUUCCGAGGUCGUCAACUUCUGGAUAUAUUUGGGGAUUCCCUGAGACAUGUCAAUCGUUUGUAUAACAAAGCCUUUGGUUACACUGCAAGGAAGGUCCCAGGUCACAUGCCACAUAUGGUGGACAAGGAUAUCAUGAAUGAACUUCAUGAAAGGUUUCCAGCUGAGUUUGGAGUCACUUCCUCCAACAAAAUCCGCAGCAGAAAUGACAUGCAGUUUGCAUUUUCUUACUUCUAUUAUCUGAUGGGGGUCACUAGAAACAGGACUGCUGAGGAGAUAUUUGAAGAAUUAGACACAGAUAAAUCUGGGGUACUGUCUGAUAGAGAGAUCAGAACAUUGGCUGCCAGAGUAAAUGACCUACCUCUAGAACUCAAGAUGUUGACCAAUUUGGAAGAGCUGUUUAUUAACUGCAGUCAGUCUCCCAACAUCACGGAACAGGAAGUCACCAGACAGGAAGUCACCAGACAGGAAGCAGAGGAAUACUAUGACAAGAGAAUGCCCCAAGUCACAAGGGCAUUGUUUACUCAGUGUGAAGAGGUCAAGGACAUGGUACAGAAAAAAUUCCCCCCAGUCAACAAGUACAAGUAUACAACAGAUGAAGAUAGUGAAAUAGCAUUCAAAAUGAUCAAAACCAACAGCUCCACCACAGUGGGGCAACUUGAUGAUAUACGCAAAAAUCCAAAAAAGUUUAUUUGCUUGAAUGACAACAUUGAUCACGAUAGUGAAGAUGCGAAAACAGUGAAGGCAAUACUCCAGGAUUUUUACGAGGCCCUGUUCCCACUGCGGUCUCAAUUUGAGCUUCCCCGGGAGUACAGAAACCGCUUUAACCACGUGGAUGAACUGCGAGAGUGGAAGGUGUACCGUGAUUGGAUGAGGUUGCUGACGCACCUAUCUAUAGUUUUACUCAUUCUUUUUAUGAUCUCGUCUUAUUUUUAUGAUCAGAUUGAGUCCUGUUACAGGAAAUACUGCAGACGACGAGUCCGAACUUCCUCUGGCAGUACCUCAUCAAGCUCCUCGGGGACACUGAUCACCGUUUGACGGUGGCUGCUCUGGCUGAUUAUGCCAGAUGUUUUAAUGGUGCUCCUUUUUGUGAUCAUGUUUUUGCUGGUCUGUCUGUUUGUGGCAGAAGGUAGGAUGUUUGGUUGAGUGAAUGCCCCUUCUCUUACUGCUUGUUGAUCUCAGACAGAAACAUAUCAUUAUGAUGUCAUAUAGACAGAAAAAAUCUCCUCAAACACUGUGUGCAAUGAUGUAGUACAUGUACUUAUUACUUAUGUCUGAAUGUGUGAGGAUUGUAAAGUGAUAGGGGGAGUUAAUAGGCAGGAGAGAGGAUCUUUGUGAUCUAGAGCACCAUUUUAACUGAAGGUAAUCAACCAGAGCGAGAAAUUGACUUAUAUUUUCUUAAUUGUGUAUGAUACUUUUAUUAUUUUGUUCAUGUUUUUAUACAUAUGUACAUGUAUUUAUUUCCUUUCUGGAUUAAUCAAUUAAUGUCUCCUCUGCUAUGCAUUAUGUACACACAUUAUGACACAACAGUAUAAGUAUAGAGUUUACAAUUUCUUUUAGCUCACCUGAGCCAAAGGUGCAAGUGAGCUUUUCUGAUUGAAGGAAAAAGUGACUGUGGUCCCUUGUUGUUCUGCAUCUGAUGUUUGUCACUCUCUGUCAGUACAUUUACAUGGACAUAAAAAAUUAUUUUUUAAAAUUCUUUUUUUCAAAAUAGCAACACCACAAAUAUUCAGAUCAUGCCCCCUCAGGCUUAGGCUAGGGCUAAAAUUGGGAUUCAAAGUUUUACAUGGGAAUAUCUUGAGAGAAAAAAUAAAGAAGUGUCAGACUAAAUCUCAACAUAAAAAUUGGAGUGAAUUCAAUAUUUUCUUUCAAAUUAUGUACCCUGGGGUUACAUGUAGGUUGUGUCUAAAUAUGGGAAUUAAAUUUCCAUAAUACAAGUUUAGGACAAUAUCUUCUUCUCCAGCUCAGCAAGACAGCAUAAAUCAUAUUGAUAUUGACCUGAAUCCCCAUGAAGUGUGAAUUCAGGUUUGGUUAAGUCAUGACCCCUUGGGGCAAGGGUGGGGCCACAUUUGGAGUCAAUCAUUAAGAAUCCAGAGGAAAAAUCUGAUGAUAACAGCGGGGCCAGGUGACAUAGGUGAGUGUUGUGGCCUAUGUACCUUUUAUAUUUUUUAAAAGCCACUUGAUUCUCUUUUCAUUCACAACAUUUAUAACAAGGCAAAGAUGCUUAUUCAUGCUGAUUAUAUUAUGUACAACCUGUGUUUAUAAUGAUGGUAAAAAAAUUAAUUUCUUAAGGUUUUAA